AUGACUAUCCGUAUCCUCACUCUCUGUGGCUUCACCCAGAACGCCUACAUCUACUCCAAGCAAGUCGGUGCCGUCCGAAAGGCUUGCAAGAACACCGAGUUUGUCUUUGUCGACCCUCCCAUCGUUGUCGAGAAGGCCGACCUGCCAUGGGUCAACGAGUCCAACCUCGACCAGUUCGGCUCUAGCGCCAGCAUGGACGCUGAGAACCAGACUGCCGAGACUACUCCCCGAGCCUGGUGGAUCAACGCCGACAACUGGAAGACCUAUAAGGGAUUCGACGACUCUGUCAAGUUCCUCCACGACUACAUGGUUGAGCAUGGACCUUUUGACGGUGUCGUGGGUUUCUCGCAGGGUGCUGGUAUGGCCGCUCUUCUCGCCGCUCUGGCAGGUAUUGAGAAGCCCGGUAUCAACCCUCUCUUCCCCGCCCACGAGAACAUCCCCAGACUGAAAUUCGCUAUCUUCAUCGGCGGUUUUCUUCCUGGCUAUGAGCCCAAAUGCGAGUCGCACGACUUUUCCAACUACUUCCCUCUCCCCGCCUCUCUCCCCACCCUCCAUAUUUCUGGCAAAAACGACACUUUGAUCGUGCCCGAGAGAAGUCAAAUAUUGGCGAGCAGGUGUGAGAACGCGAGGUUCGAGCUGCAUGAUGGUGGACACUACACUCCCUCAAAAGCGUCGUGGAGACAUUUCUUGAAUGCCUACAUCAACUCUUUUGCCCCCGGUGGUGCCAACGGCGACCUUCCCGAUAUCGACUCUUACGGACCCAACGGUGCCAACGCCCCCGCGUCCGGCGGCGGCAAGGGCAGCAAGUCCGGCUCCAACACCCCCACUCCCAAGACGCCCAAGCAACCCAAGCAGCCCAAGGAGGCCAAGCCUGUCGAGGGCGCCAAGGUUGGGGAAGCGACAGAGAAGGAGGUCAAGGAAGUGAAGGGUGAUGGAAAGGUGGCGGAGAUCGAGGAGAAGGCGGCUGGGCUGUCGUUAUAA